AUGGUUGCGCACAAUGGGUUGAUGCGCAUAUUCUGGCCUUCGGAUGCGCCAACUAGUCUUUUGCCGGGUGUGCUCGUAGGAUGGCGAAACUCUGAUUUGGAUGUGUUCGUGGUCUCCAUCCUGCAAGAAGUCGAGCUCCGUCAUGUUGAGAACGCCCUUGCGGUGGGUACUCUUCUCCGCCACAAGCCUCACGACAUCCACGAGCUCUUCAAGCAAUGCGGGCAUUCCUCUUUGCGAGUCUUAGGAUCUGUCAAUCCGAGGGUACCACCCGAUAGCUUCAAUCCCCAGCUUCUUUCCGCGUAUACAGAUAAUAUCACCCACGUUCCGCGGUUCUUUUGCCCCUCUGAGUCAGGAUUGACUAUGCAAGUCAUCAUAUACGAUCGACCUCAUCCUACGCGCAUGCAAUACUUGUCGCUUAGCCCUAUCUCCCUGGCAUUGGGGGACAAGGAAAACAUCAAGUGGAAUCCUGGAUUUGGGACGGAUCAAGAGGAGAAGGUCAAGACUCGGCUUCAGAAAGAGAAAUUGGUAGAGAAACUAAAGUUACAUACCGUUGUAUCACACAUGCCGACACAGAAGGAGCUCAGCUUGUCAAGGAUUAUCGAUCAAAUCAAUUGUUCAUUCGAGCUCAAUUCAGUACUGCAGAAGAAUAUCGGGCUAAUUGGAAGACGACUCAAGCGAGCAUUGAGUGUAAGCGAGCGGGUGGUCGAGUCAGCGAACGACCUCUGGGAUUACAUUUACAUCGCGUUGUGCUACAUAUGGUGGCUCUGGAUCUAUCCAAUCAUUGCGAAACUAUUCAUACUCGGACUUAUGGCGCACCGGUUCGUUGCUGAAAUAAUACUGCAUGUCCUCCACUGGAGAACGGGCUCGCCCGAGUCAACGGCGUUGAAGGAUAUCUCAGCGACAGCUCAGCAGAUCGAUAUCCGCCUACAACAAUUUUGCUAUUGGCCAAUACAGUAUAUGACUUUGCGAAAGAGAAAGGGCAAUUGGGAGAGUAUCACAAGCAGUCACCCAGAGUACAUCAGGUUCUACAAUAGUCUCUGGCUAGUUGCCAACGACGUAAUAAUCGGAAUUGCCUUGGGUUCUUAUAUCAUCGAGAACUCGGCCUUCGUAGCAUCUCAGGUCGAUACAAUAUUCAGCACUUGGUCUAUUGAUGGUCUACGGCGUAUGAUAUCAUGGCUUAUGGGGUGGCCCGGUGGAUUGAAGCUGAAUACAGAACUUGCUGAAUUUCUUGGUGACCUUUUCCUCUGGGUCAUCGAUCACUGGGCUGGCUACAUAUCCUUCCUUCGUCCAUUUCUUCCCAGUAUCAUCCACUUGAUUGGCUUCUCCUCUUUCGCUGGUGCUACAAUGCCCAUAUCGCUUUUCUCGGAUCUUCUGUCCUUGUUGACUCUGCACAUAUACUCGUUCUACAUAGCCUCGGCUCGGAUUUUCCACUGGCAACUCACAAUCAUCAUUUCCCUCUUUCACCUUUUCCGCGGGAAGAAAAGAAAUGUUCUUCGGAACCGCAUCGAUUCAUGUGAUUACGACCUGGAUCAGCUGCUCCUCGGUACGAUACUGUUCACGGUACUCUUCUUUCUAAUGCCGACGGUCUUCGUCUUCUACUUGACAUUUGCGGGUGCCCGAGUAGCUGUCAUUGGGCUAAAGGCAUCUUUGGAGAUUGGGUUGGCGUGUUUGAACCACUUCCCUCUAUUCGCCGCUAUGUUGAGGGUAAAGGACUCCAGGCGGUUGCCAGGUGGUAUUUGUUUCCAGCUUCAAGAUACAAAUAAGAUCUCCUUCUUGGCCCAAGACACUUCACAGUGUGCUCCAACUUCGUAUGUUAAACUAAAGUCGAUACCGCUUUCACUACGCGCAAUGUUCCAUUCGUAUUUUGAGCUGGGCGAUCGAAUCCGCAAGCACUAUCUGUCACCCAGCGUACUUCUCUGCCUUGGCUCUGGGCAAUUUGUUCCUCCAAUCCAUCGUCGUGACCUGUACAGUUUACAAUACAGCAUGCUACCGGCAGAGAGAAUUGGAAUUUCAGAGCUUUGGAAGCGCUUGAACGAGACUGAACCACAGAAUACAGCUCCUUGGAUGAAUGGAUACCCUACGCUGCCCUCGAGAAGGGGGAUUCCCGGCGGUAUGGCUGAAUCCAGGAGUAGAUAG